AUGGCUUCCCGCGGGUGCCCCUACGACGAUUAUCCCGACAAGACGACCCUGGAUGGCUGGCUCCGCUCCCCCGCCCUCGACAACCUCCAGCAGCUCAGGUUCCAGCACUAUCCUCGGCUUCUGCUGCCGCCAUCAGUACGCCGCUUCUCGUCGACGCUCCGUAUGGCUCGCUUAUGUGACUGUACUUUCCGAGAUGGAAACAAUGGCGGCGCGCUGCUCUUGCCAGUUCUCGAGAGCCUGACCCUCUUCGACGUCAGGAUCUCGGGGAGCGCUCUGCAUGCAUUGCUCGCCGGCUGUCCUGUCCUGCAGAGCUUGUUUCUAUUUGACAACUAUGCAUGGCUUCCCUCGGCUGCAUAUCGUGUCCCCUAG